UUAACUUAAAGCUAUGCUUUUGGAUGGGAAAAGAUCUGUCCUGAAAACUCACUAUGACAUUCUAUCAGUGAAGGAGGAUGCAGAUUAUGAAGAGAUUCACGCAAACUACAAGAGAGCUGCCCUUAAAUCCCAUCCUGAUAAAAUGCGGUCAACAACUGAGACCUCAGAUUUUCAACAUGAAUCACUAGAAACAUUUCUAAUGGUGCAAAAAGCCUGGGAAAUCUUGAGCGACUCAAAGACCCGUGGAAUUUAUGAUCGUGAAUUGAGGGAUUCAAGACGAGAUACAGAAACUGCUGAAGAUGUUAGUUUAGAGGAGAUGAUGGUAGAAGGAGUUGGUCAGGUCCUGGAACUCUUUUACGAAUGCAGGUGUGGCGAUUGCUUUUCCAUUGAUUCAAUUGAACUCGGAGAGAUGGGUUAUUCAUUGGGUAGGGAUGACAGUAAGAUAUUUAUACACAGACCUGACUCCAGACCAGCCACUGUUAUACUUCCUUGUGGGUCGUGCUCUCUUAAAAUUCGUCUUACAAUCACAACUGGUUCAUAG